UCUGGACAAAACACUGAUGCCAAGUGUUGUAUAAUCUUUUACCAGCUGAUGCAUUCUAUCUGAAAACAAACAGCAAAUCAGGAAACAGUCUUUACUCACAAAUGUUGAUCCUAAAAUAUGGAAACAUUUUUUUUUAGAGCUAGACCUUCUCUUUAGGGACAGACAUGUUUUUUUGUCUUCUCUAUAUUCAUUACAUUGGACACAGAACAGAAACUGGACAGGCAGCCACCUUACUGCUCAUUUCUGGACUCAAACAGACAGAUUAGAGAGACACGUUCCUCAUUGUUGGAGAAACAAGGCAAAAAUUAACAAACAAAAAAAACAACAACUAUAUUUUCAGGGGGCAAUUUAAUUUACUGGAACAAUGUUUUAUAGUCACCAUAGGUCUUGUGUCCUGUAGCAUGAAGGACUCCAGUAAACUUUUGGACAUUUAGUUAACAUGCUACCUCAAAUGGAGCAGACAAGGAUAAAUAAGCCUUACUAACAUAGCUGUGACACUGACCCAGAGACCCAACGCAUUCUGGUGAGAGUGGCUCUGCAAUAGACUGAUGAACUGUCCCACGAGUGGCUGGGACAGACUCCAGCAUCCUGGUACAGGACUAGGCAGGUGAUGGACGGAUGUCCAGCAUGUCUGAGUUUUUUGGAAUAAAAAUCCAAGGGCGGCUGUUUGAAAUUGCCUUACACCUCACACUAUAGCUGCCUAUUGAAAUGCAUUCCAUGACUGCCGUAACAAUUCAAGAGGUAUGCUGUUAUUACACCUGCAGGAGGAGAAAAUAAAAAUCUAAAGUGACAAAAGUACUUCUGAGUGUUUUACAUUCAGAUUUAGUUCAAUUCACAAUUUCCAACAGUAUAGUUUGUUUUGGCCAAGUUGAGUCAAGAUUUAAGCGCAAAAAAAUGUGAAACCAGAAAAGUAAAGAAUAAAAGCCUCUUGAAGUUUGGUAGAUGUAGCCUAAAAUUUUACCUGGCAGUAUGUGUGGAUAUGUUCUCUAUUAGACUAAGCAAAUUGUGAAAUAUAGAACCAUGACAAAGGGCUCAUUUAGCUUUUCUUUACUGUUGCCAACAUUGUGUUCUAUGUCACUUUAAGAGCAACAACAACAACAAAACCCACUAAACUGUCAGUGAACAUUAAAAAGUAGGUUGAAAUGUCUCCAAUCAACCAACAAAAAACAGGUGUUGGCUGUUUAAAGAACCAGAACCGAAAACAUCCAAUAUAAAAAAAAAUCAAACAGUGUUUGGGUUCAGUAAAAACCAUAAAUAUAUUGAUACGUUUCUGUUUAUAGCACAUUCUGAAACGGAACUCCUCCGUGGUUCGGUUAUGACGUCAUCCGAUGGAAGGAUGAGAUGAUGAUCACCUUUGAGCUCUCCAAACCGGAACCGGAACCGAGGAUUAUAGUCCACGGAUCAGCUGAUUGGGAGUGACAUCACCCGGAUUACAGUAGCCCUCGUGUAUCACAGCCUGGAGGGACGUCACUGGGUCCGACCCGACGGAACGAAGCUUUAGCGCACGUGCGUCUGCGUGCGUGCGUGCGGAGGAGCUGGUGAAAAAGCAGAGUAAAUCAGGAUGGCAUCACUGUCAGAGCAGCUGCAGGAUGUGCGGGGUCAGGCCGAGGUCUGUCUGUAUUCGGGGGGCAGAGUGGUGGAUGUGCGGUCUGGUGUGAUUGCGAUGGCAAACCUGCCCUUACCGCCUUGCUCCAAAUAUCAGCACAUCGCCGCGGAAAACAUGGUCAGGGAGAACAGCUUUGGCACCAACAGGAAGGAGACCCUUGCAUCCCUUCAGAGGUUCUCUACAGCACUCAACAUUCUAGAAAAGUAUGGCUGUAAUUUGACCAACCCCAACAGACCAAAGUACUGGAGGACGGUCAAACACAACAACCCAGUGUUCAAGGCCACUGUUGAUGCUAUUCAGGGAGGCCGAGCAGUGCUCUGUCUCUAUGGUUACACCAAUCAGCAGCCAGACGGGCUCAGCUUCCCCAGUGACGUCACAGAUCCUGAUGUGGGUAAGGUUGCCGCAGUAACACUUGAAGUCAUGAGCCUCAGGAUGGAACUGGAAAUGCUCAUAAAGGAGACUCACCCCCACCCUGAGUUUUAUGAGAGAAUAAUUCCCACACUGAGACACAAGGACAUUGGUCUUAACACUGAUGCAGUGCUCUACAACUCCCCCCGAGCAACAUGCCAUCCAGCCAGUCAGACCAAGUCUCUGGCGUUUCCCCUCCAGCAUUGCUCCUCCAGGAAGAGCAGCCAGCCACAGUCUCUGUCCAUCAAGCACCAGAGUCUCAAGGCUUUGGAGAUCUUUUCCUCCACCUCGAGCAAACAUCCUGAGAACUGCAGCAUUUGUGGAAUUUUCCGGAUCUCCGCCCACUGCCUCACCUGCCUGCAGGGCCUCUGCUCCGAAUGUGACAGGGUCCAUCAUUCUUCCCCUGAGAGGGCCAGCCACCGCCGAACCGUCAUCUCAUCAUGGUCCUCUUCCAAAGCGAGGACCAGUCAGAGUUCUUCCACCUGGUGCUGCACUCAUUGUUCCAAGGUGAAUUCGGAUCGGUGUGUGCUGUGUGAGGACUGUGAACACCCUCGCCUGGGACUGAACAAAGAUGAGAAUCAGCCUGCAACUCUCAGUGAAUGGCAGUGUAAGAGCUGCACGGUGAUGAAUGCCGGCAGCAGCGUACUGUGUGAGGUGUGUGAAAGACCUCGUUUGGCCACGCGCCCUCUGGUAACUCCAUCACAUCCACCUGUCACCCCUCCCAGACCUCCAGCACCUGUUUUGGGCAUGCCCGGUGACCCUGACAGCCAGUGGGUGUGUCAGUUCUGCACAUAUCUCAACUACUCUCCCGCCACAAUGUGUGAGAUGUGUGACCUCAAUCGUCCAGAGCCCCCACCCCUACCAGUGAAGCUCCGCCCCCCCUCACCCGUCAGACGAGUUCCCGCCCUGCCAAUCAAACCCAAAAAGCCGGCCUCAGAAGAUGCUGAUUCUUGGAGGCAAAAAAGGAUGAAAGAGGAGGGCGAGAAGCUGAUACACCUGAUAAGGGAUGGAGAAAAGAGAGGCCUGAGUCCAGAAGAGGUGUACACAAGCAUGAAGGUCUCUGAAGAAAGCUGCAACCUCUCCAGUAAGUGGCUAAAGAUGGAGCUCCCCCUGCUUUUGGAUCAGAUCCGGAUGCUGGUAGCAACUUCAUCCUCACAGUCCACGUCUGAGCGGAUCUGCAAGGAGGAUGCUCCAUGUGAAACUCCUCCCGGGGGGAAACCUCCCACCCCUCUGGUCCAGCUGUCUAGAGCCGAAGCCAAGCAGGCCUGGCUGACAGCAGGGGGCGACACAGAGAAAGCCGCUAAACAAGCUCUCAGGGACAGACUUGCUAAGGUGGAAGAGCUACAAGUGCUUGGCUUCAGGGACGACGCUCGCUGUCAUGAGGCGCUGAGGCAGAGUGGUGGCGAGCUCAGGGGGGCUCUGGCGCUGCUGCAGAGGCCCCUCCUGGAGGCCUUCCACAUGCGCAUUUGGAGCGACAAGCCUGACCCCCCUGUUGACAUACACCACCCUGACAAACAGCGGGUUUGUCGCAGGCUGCUCGCAGUUUACGAUCUUCCCAGCUGGGGGCGCUGUGAGCUGGCUCUGUCCCUGCUCCUGGAGCACAGCGCCCCGUAUUCCCUGGAAGACGUGGUGCAGGCUGUCAGGGAGUCCCACGACAGGGAAUUCAUCAGGAGGGUUCUGGCCAAAGAGUGCCCCAUCUGCCUGUCCGUCUUCCCCCACAGUAAGAUGCAGUCUCUGACGUCCUGCCAGUGCUCCGUGUGCUGCGAUUGUUUCCAGCAGCACUUCACCAUUGCUGUGAGAGACAAACACAUCAGAGACAUGGUGUGUCCUGUCUGCUGGGAGCCUGACAUCAAUGAUCCCGAACACCUCAACAGCUACUUCUCCACCCUGGACAUCCAGCUUCGAGAGUGUCUGGAGCCCGAAGUGUACGAGCUGUUCCACAAGAAGCUGACGGAGCAGGCUCUGAUCAAAGACCCCAAGUUCCUGUGGUGCUGUCAUUGCUCUUAUGGCUUCAUCUACGAUGGAGAUCAGCUGAAAGUCACCUGCUUCCAGUGUCGAAACAGUUUCUGUGCUCAGUGUAAGAAGCCAUGGGAGCCUCAGCAUGAAGGACUGUCCUGUGAGCAGUACCAGACAUGGAAGAGGGAAAAUGAUCCGGAAUACCAGAGGCAGGGCCUGGCGGGAUACCUGCGAGACAACGGCAUCACUUGUCCAAACUGUCGUUUUCAGUACGCACUGUCUAAAGGAGGCUGUAUGCAUUUCUGCUGCUCCCAGUGUCGCUAUCAGUUCUGCAGCGGGUGUAACAACCCCUUCCACACGACUUGUGCAGUGGACGGAUGCAGUGUGUCCGGCCUCCAUGCUCACCAUCCUAGGGACUGCCUCUUCUAUUUGAGAGACUGGGAGCCUGCUAGACUGCAGGCUUUACUGCAGAAUAAUGGAGUGGACUUCAACACCGAACCUCCUCCAGGGACACAGACAGGUCUUUGUGGAGUGAUAGAGCAGAAGGAUGAGGGGGGACAGCAGUCGGACGCUGCCUGUGGAGCUCAGACUCAAAGCGGACACGCUGCCCUUUGCGAGAAACAUUACCGGGAGUAUCUGGUGAGCCUGAUCAACAGCCACUCCAUCGACCCCGCCCCUCUGUAUAGCUCCAAUGAGCUCCUGCUGGCUUGCAAGAGGUACAAGGUGGAGGACAGCCGUAAAGAGGGAGAAGACUCAUUUACCUUCUACAGCCGGCUGCUGCAGAAACUGAUGGAUGAAGUCCCGCUGGGUGACAAGGUUCCCCGCAAGAAAUAAUUGAAAGCCCAGUGUACAUAUAUUCAACACCAUUUGAACAUUUGUGUGCUUCUAUGGAGAGGACACUAACUUCUGUCAAAGCUAGAAGGAUCCCAGAUUUCUUCAUGCCUGUUCAUAAAGCACCCAGUGAGAAAGACGUUUUAGUGUUGAAUCCCUUUUGGUUGUUUCUUCUACUUGAAACAUACAUGCUAGCAAUACUUCAAGGAUUGAUUGAAAUAAUUAUGGUCACGUCUGUGACAGUGGGCUGGCCCAUCAAAGCCUCCACUAACUGGUCCAAUUGAUGAUGUCAUAUUGACAGUCAAGGUGAUUGUUUUGGGUUUCAUUUUUUCUGGAAAGAUCAAAAAGUGGGCUCCAUGUACCAGAAACGUUUCGCUGUCAGCUGCCAAUACAAUGCCAGACUUCAGAAUUCGCAUUUCCUCCUGACCCAACUGAGACCUCAGAGGUGAUGAGAUUUUUCAAAGUGAUGUGAUUUUUUUUUGGCUAUCUGCAGCCAAAAACUUGUCGAUUAAGGCGACACAAGGGAAUGCAUAAAAAGACAAAUAUCAAAGAUGUCCCAUGGGAAUCAGCAGAUCGGAUUGUAGCCUGAAGGGAAAAAUCCGGAUCAACCAAAGGUCAGCACGGUUGAACGGAUCAUGGAGAAGAAACAAGUCUGUGGGUCAGCAAUGAGGAACGACUGAAAUUAGUUUUGGAAGUCUGACUGCUCUACAUUACAAACCCCACCCCUCUCCCCCGGUUACUGUCAAAUGUGCUGGUCAUUUCUCCAUGUUAUUUUCUUUAAUAAAGUUACACACCUGUAA